ACGUUUCCAAGAUUUUAUUUCUGUUAAUAAUGGUUACAACUAAUGAAUAGAUGAUAGUUUUACAUCAAAACAACUUUAACAUAAUAAUAAUAACAAAAACAUUUAUACAGAAGUGUGGGCUAAUUGGAAAGUAUGCAUAAUACCUGCUUGAAGGUGAUUUUCAUUAUUCAAGCUAGCCAGCUAGAUAAAGUUUGCAAUUCUGCUAUUCACCAGUAUUUUUUUGUGUUUUUUUGUUGUUGUUUUUUUUUUCGACAAAUAAAUUAAUAAUAAAACUUUAUUAUGUAUCAAAAUCUCCUAAGAGCGUUAUAAUCCUGCGACCUCAGCAGAGCAGCAGACACUCGCUCCAUUUAACGAGAAGCAUAAUCUCUCUCUCAAUUGGCAAUCUUAAAAUAGUGUCAGUGGGCUCCUCUUUACCAAAUAUAGGUUAUCCAAACACUCCGGCUCGCUCCCUCUCUCCCCGGGUUGUACCAUCGCAGGCGGGGAAUGAACGGGAACUUGCGCGCCGGGAGCCGGAGAUGAAUACUUCAUCUCUGACCCACAUAAUGGCGAUAUAUGAGGCUCGGUGAAGCGCUCCCCGGUGCAGCGGCGGCUCUCCCCGUCUCGACUCCCAUUUUCCUCCUUCUGGAUCCGACUCGCCUCUCCUCUCCUCUGCUCUGCUCUCCCUCUCUCCAUCUCGCUUUCCAAAAGGCAGAGAGGAGGGAGGAACGGAGGAGACUUCUGCCGAGGAAAGGGCGACGGAAACGGAAAAAGUAAGUAAAGAAAAGAAAAGAAAGGAUCAAAGCUCACCAGUGCUGGAUUGAACCUGAAGGGCCCAGCAGAGUGAGAUGACAGAGCGUCCAGUCGGCCUGAAGUUCCCCUGACUCCUCAGCAGAAACCUUCAACAGAACCUGAGGUCCAGCUUCCCCCCCUGCUGCCUCCUUCAGCCCCCCAUUUCCUGACCCCUCCUCUGGUUCCGGGUCAUGGCGCUCCCCAGUGCCAACGAGUUCCACUGGCAGAGCCUGGCGCGUCUGCCCUGCGGCCGUGUCUACCACUCUCUGUCUGAGGUGGGGGGGCAGAUGUACAUGCUGGGGGGCUGCGACGCUGCGGGGCGGCCAUGCCCCGGACUGGACCUGUACUCUCCUGAGGGGGACCGCUGGAUAGGCUUGGCCCCCAUGCCCACCCCUCGCGCAGGCGCGGCCGUGGCCGUGCUGGGGAAGCAGAUCCUGGUGGUGGGCGGAGUGGGAGAAGACCAGCGCCCUCUGAAGGUGGUGGAGAUGUACAACACGGAGGAAGGCAGAUGGAGGAAGAGGAGCGCGCUGCGGGAGGCCCUGAUGGGCGUGUCCAUCACUGUGAAAGAUAGCCGUGCUCUGGCUGUUGGAGGAAUGGCCGCUGACCUGUUCCCUCGCAGCGUCCUGCAGCAGUACGACCUCAGGAAGGACGUCUGGGCGCUACUUCCUCCCAUGCCGACUCCUCGCUACGACGCCAACUCCCACCUGCUGGGCAACAAGCUUUAUGUUGCAGGUGGUCGCCAGUGUAAGCGACCAUUGAAAGCUUUUGAGGUGUACGACACAGAAGCACGCUCCUGGACCUCGCUGCCUGUUCUGCCAUGUAAGCGCACCUACGGGGGUGUGAUAUGGGACUCUGCUGGGAGGCUGUGUCUGCUGGGAGGAUUACGGCAAGGCGGAGGACACCAGAGCUCCAAGUUCACCAAGAACGUCAAUAUUUUUGAUACCAGUCAAGGCGCCUGGCUGAAGUCCGAGGAGACCGUGGCGUUGAAAACUAAGAGAGCAGACUUUGCUGCCGCCUUCUUGCGCGGCAGGAUGGUGGUUGCAGGUGGACUCGGUCACGAACCCUCGGCGUUGGACACGGUGGAGGCGUUUAACCCUCAGAAAAAGAAGUGGGAACGUUUGGCUCCCAUGAACUUCCCCAGAUGCUCCGCUUCUUCCAUUGUCAUCAGAGAUCGCCUCCUGGUGGUGGGAGGAGUUAACCAGGUUAAAAACUACUCCACACACUUCACUCCAUCAUGUGUUCCCAGCUCAGCCCAUGAGAUCCUCUACGUCAAAGAAGAAGAGUAUCUGUAGCGCGGUGCGGCCUACGGCAGGUGAUUGCUGCGGAUUCCGCCUCUUUCCUCAAUCAGACUCCAGUGCACAGAAAGCAGCAUGCGAUGUAACAGGUAACACUGCCCCCUGCUGGAAGUAGCUGAGCAACGCGUCUGCGCGCGCAUAAUGGAGCACCUGACUCCAUCUUUGGAUGAAGAUUUAGUUCCUGUAAAGGUGGAAUUCUUCUGGAAGUUUCCGUCCCCCCCCCCCCAUGCCUGGUCUUGU